AUGUCUGAUGGUGGAUCUAUCGCGGUGGUUGGGUGCGGUGUGGUUGUACAUGGUGUUGUGUGCGGUGGUUGGUUUGAAUAUGGUGGUUGGGUGCGGUGCUAUGUCCGAUGGUUGAGGUUGGGUGCGGGGGUGUGUAGUAGGUGUUGUGUGUGGUAUGGUGUUAGUGUGUGGUGUUGUUUUGGCGGUGGUGUUGCUGGUGCGGUGUGGUGUGGUGAUGGUGGUGGUGGCAGCGAUGGCGAUGGCGAUGGCAGGGGUGGUUAUUAUGAUUUUUGUUGGGAGUAUAUUAGAUCUAGUGGUAGUGGCUUUGUUGGUGGUGGUGUCGUUGUGUUGAUGUGGUGGUGGCGGAGGUGUGAUAGUAGCGAGAAGUGUACAGUAUCUAUCUUUCAUUUAGAAGGUACAAAAAUGGCUUUUGUCAACAGAAUUGGCAAUGUGCUAAAAAAUACUUUGAGCAAGCAUGUUCGGUUGGAAGUAUCAGCCUCCAAUCCAGUACUUUUCCAGGCAAUAAGAAGCAUGUCAUCUUCAAAGCUAUUUGUUGGAGGUCUCUCAUAUAAUAUGGAUGAAAUGAGUUUGAGGGAGGCGUUCUCCGGAUGUGGCGAAGUCGUAGAAGCUAGAAUAAUCAUGGAUCGUGAGACCGGUAGGUCCCGAGGAUUUGGCUUUGUGACCUAUACAUCAACUGACGAGGCUUCCAGUGCCAUCCAGGAACUAGAUGGCCAGGAACUUCAAGGGCGAAGGAUAAGGGUGAAUUAUGCAACAGAAAAACCUCGGGGUGGGGGUUUUGGGGGUGGAUUUGGUGCAGGCGGUGGAUUUAACUAUGGUGGUAACUAUGGAGGCUCUGGAGGAUAUCAGGGUGGCAAUUUUGGUGGUGGUGGUGGUGGCAAUUACCCAAGAGCAGAUGGAAAUUUUGGAGGAGGGGGUGGAUAUGGGGGUAACAAUUACCCCAGUGGAGGAGGUGGAUUUGGUGGUGGUAGCAGCUAUCCCAGUGGAGAUGGGGGAUUUGGUGGUGGUAGCAGCUAUCCCAGUGGAGAUGGGGGAUUUGGUGGCGGUAAAAAUUACCCCAGUGGAGGUGGCGGACAUGGGGGUGAAAGUGGCUUUUCCGCCCCGGGAUAUGGUGGAACACCUGAGACAUACAGAGAAGUUCAAGAACAGGUUGGCGGAAAUCAAAUUGGAACUGAAACUGAAAUUACUGAUUUUGGUGAUGAUAUGGAUGCAAACGACAGGAAUGAGAAUGAGGAGCCGAAUGAUUAUGCCAACACCAGGAGCUGA